AUGAUGAUGAAGGCGGAAACUGGACAGUCGUGGGCCGCUGGAGAUGAUGAGGACGAAGGCGUAGUAGCGACGACGACGGCGAAUCAGUCGCGGAGGCUGGUCAGUCGUGGGUCCUCUGGAGAUGAUGAGGACGAAUGCGUAGUAGCGACGACGACGGCUACGGCUGCUGCUGCUACUGCUGGCGUAUAUGACGCCUGUAGUGGCUACAACGACUACGGCUACUGCUGCUGCGGCGACAGGGAGUCUUUGCUUACUUUCCUCUCAUCUACUUUUUAUUUAACCACUCUUUUUUCUUCUUCUUCUUCUUCUUUUUCUUCUUCUUCUUCUUUUUCUUCUUUUUCUUCUUCUUUUUCUUCUUCUUCUUCUUCUUUUUCUUCUUCUUCUUUUUCUUCUUUUUCUUCUUCUUUUUCUUCUUCUUUUUUCUUCUUCUUCUUUUUCUUCUUCUUCUUUUUCUUCAAAUUCUUCUUCUUCUUCUUCUUCAAAUUAUUUCUUCUCACGCAUCUUCAUCUUUUACUUCUUCCUCAAAUUCUUACAAUUCUUUUUCAAAUUUCUUCUUCUUCUUCUACUACUACUAAUACUACUACUAAUUCUGCUUCUUUUUCUUCUUCUUCAAAUUCUUUUUUCUAA